CCUGAAUUAAGCCCGACGUGCCGAAACUCGAAUCGAAGCAGUCCCGCGCUGAAGUCCUGAUUACCACGUCAAUUCGUUGUCAAACCGCCUAGCAUGGCUCGAUCGGCGAGCUCCAAGCCGCCGGCCGCGAGGGCAUCCCCCCCGCCGGCGCCGUCGAGCAUCGAUGAGAAACUCAACUCGAACGCGACGAAGCGCAAGGACGAUGAUUACUCCUCCGAGGGCGUCGAGGACCAUGAUGUCUUUCUGCUCCCGGGCUCCGACUUCAAGCUCGUCCUCGCCAUAACCCUGCUAGCUGCUGCUGUGCGCUUGUUCCGCAUCUACCAACCCAGCAGCGUCGUGUUCGACGAGGUCCACUUUGGCGGGUUUGCGACCAAGUACAUCAAGGGCAAGUUCUUCAUGGACGUGCACCCGCCGCUCGCAAAGUUGAUGAUCACGCUCUUCGGCUGGCUUGCCGGAUUCAAGGGUAACUUCGACUUCAAGGAUAUUGGAAAGGAUUAUGUCGAGCCCGGCGUCCCAUACGUGGCCAUGCGCAUGUUCCCGGCCAUCUGCGGCAUCCUCCUGGCCCCGACCAUGUUCCUGACCCUCAAGGCUGCUGGUUGCCGUACUUUCACCGCUGUCAUGGGUGCCGGUCUCAUCAUCUUCGAGAAUGGCCUCCUCACCCAGGCGCGUCUGAUUCUUCUCGACUCUCCUCUUAUGAUCGCCACCGCCUUCACUGUUCUCUCGUUCACGUCUUUCACUAACCAGCAGGAGCUGGGUCCCUCGCGGGCCUUCGGGUUGAGCUGGUGGUUUUGGCUUGUCAUGACCGGCCUCGGCCUGGGUAUGACCGUCAGCAUCAAGUGGGUUGGGCUGUUUACCAUUGCCUGGGUCGGCUCCUUGACUCUGGUCCAGCUCUGGGUUCUCCUUGGCGAUUACAAGCACGUUACAAUCCGUAUCUUCGCCAAGCACUUCAUGGCCCGCGUCUUCUGUCUCAUCAUCAUUCCCUUAACUUUCUACUUGGCCAUGUUCGGAAUCCACUUCCUCUGCCUGCGCAAUCCCGGCGAUGGCGACGGCUUCAUGAGUUCCGAAUUCCAGUCGACUCUGAACUCCAAGGCAAUGAAGAACGUCCCGGCGGACGUUCUUCUGGGUAGCCGAAUCACCAUCAGACAUGUCAACACCCAGGGCGGUUAUCUCCACUCCCACCCUCUGAUGUACCCUACCGGUUCGAAGCAACAGCAGAUCACCCUGUACCCCCACAAGGACGAUAACAACCUGUGGCUCGUCGAGAAUCAGACCCAACCGCUUGACAUCAACGGCCAGCCCAUCAACGGCACCGACGCCUGGUAUAAGCUCCCCGAGCCUCACUACGUCGAGAACGGCGCCAUCAUCCGCCUGAACCAUCUCGCCACCCACCGUCGUCUCCACUCUCACGAUGUCCGCCCUCCCAUCACGGAGGCCGACUGGCAGAACGAAGUUUCUGCGUACGGUUACGAGGGUUUCGACGGCGAUGCCAACGACUUCUUCCGCGUUGAGAUCGUCAAGAAGAAGUCCAAGCCCGGCGUCGCCCAAGAACGCCUCCGCACGAUCGACACCAAGUUCAGGCUCAUCCACAUCAUGACCGGCUGCGUGCUGUUCUCCCACAAGGUGAAACUCCCCGAGUGGGCGUCGGAGCAGCAGGAAGUCACCUGUGCCCGCGGAGGGACCCUUCCCAACAGCCUGUGGUACAUUGAGUACAACGAUCAUCCCAUGCUGGGCCCGGACGCUGAGACGGUCAACUACCGCAAUCCCGGCUUCUUUGGUAAGUUCUGGGAGCUGCAGAAGGUCAUGUGGAAGACGAAUGCUGGUCUCGUUGAAUCCCACGCCUGGGACUCCCGUCCUCCGUCGUGGCCCAUCCUCCGCCGCGGCAUCAACUUCUGGGGCAAGGACCACCGCCAGAUCUAUCUCAUCGGCAACCCUGUCAUCUGGUGGAGCGCUACUGCGGCCGUCGUCGUCUACGUCGUGUUCAAGGGUAUCGCCGUCCUCCGUUGGCAGCGCAGCUGCAACGACUACUCGAAGCCCGUCUUCAAGCGGUUCGAUUACGAAGUCGGCUCCUCCGUGCUCGGGUGGGCUCUGCACUACUUCCCAUUCUUCCUCAUGCAGCGCCAGCUCUUCCUCCACCACUACUUCCCCGCGCUCUACUUCGGCAUCAUCGCCUUCUGCCAGAUCUAUGAUUUCGUCACGGCACGCAUUCCUGGAAUCGGCUUGAGGGAGAAUCCUGUGAUUGGCAAGGCUGGCGCCGUCGGUUUCCUUAUCCUGUCAAUGAUUGCUUUCACCCUCCUCUCUCCCCUUGCAUAUGGAAACCCCUGGACAAGGGCCGAAUGCAGGCGCGUCAAGCUGUUCAGCACCUGGGACUGGGAUUGCAACACUUUCUUGGACAGCUACGACGCAUACAAGACGUUGUCCUCCACCUCGGCUGCCGCCUCUCAGACACCUCAGCAACCGAUCGAUGCGAAGAAGGUGCCGCCGGCUCAGCCUCCCGUAGCGGGCGGCCAACAAGCCCAGGUCCCCAUUGUGGACGCCCAGCAGCAGCAGGAGCAGCAGCAGCAAGCGCAGGAGGAAAAGGCUAAAGUUUCCGGCGCCCCAGUGGCUGGCAAUAAGCGACUCGUCCAUACUGAAGAGCGCGUCGAGUACCGCGACCAGGACGGUAAUCUCUUGAAUGAGGAGCAGGUCAAGGCCCUCAAGGGCAAGGUCGAGUUCAAGACGCGUUAUGAGACGCGGACCCGGAUUAUCGAUGCCCAGGGCAACGAGGUCUUGCUGCCUCCCGGCCAGCAGGUACCGCUGGACCAGGAGCAGAAGCCCGAUGCUCCGGCGGGCGUCGCGCCUCCCCACCCGGAUGUCGAGGGUGCGAAUAGCGAGACGGCCAAGGGGGGUAUCCCUGAUGAGCCGAUCCCCGAGCCCAAGGAGAGUGUUGAGGGCGAGAGGGAGCGCGAGGAGAAGGCAGCCAAGCCUGCCAGCGAGAAGCAGGAGGCCAGUGCCAAAGUGGACGACGAGGUCUGAGCAGAUCGGCCGCCUGGUGUCUGGUCCCUCAAGUGUAGGAUUACUUCCGAAGUCGAAGAGGCUUCGGCCUGCUGCGCUUCCUCUCCCUUUCUACCAUAUGUUGCACCACAACCCGCCUGAAGGGAUCUAAUGAAAUGGAGAAAGGGACUGGCGAUUUGGCAGCGGGGUUACAAAACGUUCGGUCAGCUUGUCGCGACCGAGGACGAUGUUUUUUCCUAGUCUCAUUUUGUAACCACUGCUCGAUCGGCUGUACGGGAGUGGGGGGAGUUGUUGAUGCAGCGAGGAAAGGAUGAUACACAUUCUGACUCCAUCUAUAUCACGGCGCGGGACGACACACCGGUCCUAGAUUUUCUUGGUCACAUUUACUCUGAAUGAGUGGAAUCCCACUCCGAUACGUCUCUUUCUUUGAUGUCACCUGAGCCCAUUUCCGUACGAGAGUGAGGAGAUAUCAACGGCAAGGGUAGGUGCUGGAGGAAGCGAAAACGAAACAGGAAUAUUCAUUUCCUCUUCAAAUUCCACCAUGAUUUCAAUAUUCCGGUGGUGUGUGAUGACUAUUGGUACAAUCCCCCCCGUCCGCUCUCCUUCAUAUGUCCUGUACCGUACAUACACGAAAUAAACAUUAGGAGAAUAAUGAUGCCCCC